UUCAUUCUGAAAUACAAAAAUUGUAUAUUUUUGAUACUUGAAAGAAAUAAAACAAAAUAAUGGCUUCUUCAGUUAAAAUUGAAGGAUUACCAGUGACACUAAACGACGGUUCAUUGAAAAGCCAAGAGCAGUCAAAGGGUUCUGCCAUGACUAAAAAAGGAGUCUAUGCAGCAGUCUCAUACAUGGCUUCUGCUGUUCUCUUGGUUAUGUUCAACAAAGCAGCUCUUUCUUCAUAUAGUUUCCCAUGUGUGAAUGUCAUCACACUUUUUCAGAUGCUAUGUUCAUGUUCGAUUCUUUAUGCAUUGAGAUGCUGGAAGGUCAUCUCUUUCACAGAUGUUGACCCACAGAGCAUCACUUAUAAUCCAUUUACCCUAGUACCAUUGGAGACAUUAAUCGGUACCCUUCCUCUAGCAAUAGCAUAUUUGCUAUAUAUGCUGAUCACAAUGGAAGCUGUGCGAGGCAUAAAUGUUCCCAUGUACACCACCCUCAGGCGGACCACAGUAGCUUUUACGAUGAUUGUGGAGUAUCUGCUGACAGGGCAGAAACACUCACUCGCUGUUGUUGGCAGUGUGGGGACUAUUAUACUUGGUGCAAUCAUUGCUGGAGCUCGGGACUUGUCAUUUGAUGCCUAUGGUUAUGCUGUUGUUUUCAUAGCGAACAUCUGUACAGCAAUAUAUCUUGCAUCCAUUGCUCGUAUUGGUAAAUCCAGUGGCCUGAAUAGCUUCGGCCUUAUGUGGUGCAAUGGAUUAAUAUGUGCACCAAUUUUGCUGUUCUGGACAUCUUUCAAAGGUGAUCUGGAAGUCACUAUGAACUUUCCCUUUCUAUUCUACCCAGGCUUUCAGGUUGUGAUGCUUCUUUCCUGUAUCAUGGCUUUCUCAAUAAACUAUUUUGUAUUUUUGAACACAACCCUCAACUCAGCACUGACACAGACAAUUUGCGGCAAUUUGAAGGACUUUUUUACAAUAGUUCUGGGCUGGCUGUUGUUUGGAGGACUUCCAUUUGAUUUGUUGAAUGUUAUCGGUCAAUCUCUUGGUUUCAUGGGCUCCUGUUUGUAUGCUUUCUGUAAGCUGUGGGGAAUAUAAAUGUCAUGCUAUUGCUAGAGAGCCUUGUACAGCUGCUGCUAGCUGCAUUGGCUGCCAAAUUUUGACUCAGGACCAAGAUUCUCUGCAUAAAUGCAUAUUAUCAAAGAUUCUGCAACGAUUUAUUAGAGGAUGGAUCGAUAUCUCUUCUAGUGUUUUCAUUACAGAAAAUCCGGGAUCUCAAUGAUCCUAGAAACCCUCUUACUCUUAGUUGA